GCUCUCCUCCGAGCGGCAGCACUUGGCGCCACGAGCUCCCGGGCCCUCCGACCUCUUAGCGAGCGAGCCGAUGGACGAGUGCGCCCGCGCCCUGGAGCUGCUGGGCAUGCUGCUGUACGCCGGGGCCUGGCUGUGCGUCCUCGGGGCGGCCGUGACCCCGCGCUGGCUCAGCAUGUCCACGUCGCUGCUGCCCGUGGAGAGCUACGAGCUGGGCCUGUGGGAGACGUGCGUGGUCCAGGACACGGGCGGCAUGGAGUGCCGGGCCUACGACAGCCUCCUGGGCCUCUCCCCGGACCUCAAGCUGGGCCGUGUGCUCACCUGCGCCUCCCUGGCCCUGGGCGCCCUGGGCUUCCUGGUGGCCAUCCCCGGGCUGUCGCUGGUCAACGGGUGCGAGGAGGACGGCGCCAAGAGGACGUUGGGCACCGCGGGCGGGCUGAUGGCGAUGCUCUCCGGGGUUCUGUGUUUGAUCCCCGUCUCGUACGUGGCCCACCUGGCCGUGGUGCGCUUCUUCGACGACACGCUGCCCGACGUGGUGCCGCGCUGGGAGUUCGGCGACUCCCUGUUCUGCGGGUGGGCGGGGGGCUUCCUCCUGGUGGUGGCCGGCCUCCUCCUGGUGCUCGGGUCGCGCUCGGCCGCCCGGGCGCCGCCCCUUCCGGCCGGCCCGCAGAGGAGGUACCAGGUGAUGAACACGGUGCUGCCCCGGGCCGAGUACGUGUGAACGAGGAGCGCCGGAGAACAUCGGAAUCAAGCAACGAACGAUCAUUUUCACUUUGGAAACGUGCCCAUCGAUGAAUAGAGACUGCUGGCAAAAAUCAAUGUGUUUUCAAAUGCUUGCUCCUGUAUCAGUGGGAUGCUUACUAGGCAGCACUCCAGCCCAAGCUCUAUUUUGUGGCGAAGUAUACGUGCUAUAUGAUCAUCAAAACAAAAAUAAGAACUCAAAUCAUGUGUCAUUUCUUUUUUUUUUUUAAUUAGAAUUACAUUCUUCCUGUACCGUAAUUAGCGGAACGGUUUCCAGACGACGCCCAAGCUAAACCGGUCGGAUGUUCUGAAAACUGUAUAUUGUAGUGUCAUUUGUUUUGUGUACUGAAUGAUGGAAAAUAAACACGCAGAUGACAUUUGUAAGCCAUUGAA